GUUUUGUAUGUACGUUUUAGUCUCCCGCGGUGGAGCGUGUGCUUUUUGGCCAUGUGGCCGGUAUCAUGAUGAGGUUAUUGUCUACUUUUGUGCCAAGUGCUACUGUGUCAGUCAUUGAAUGCAAUAAACUGUGAUAUUUAUGUACCUAUGGUUUUGGUUUUGAAAGGAAUGAUAUUCCUUGGCGCCCUAAAGAAAUUCAAUGCUAGGACCACGCCCCUCUAUCCGGCACUGCUGAGCUAGCAUCCAGUUUUUGUUUUUAAAGAGUAACUUUGCACGUUACACUUGUUAAUUCUUUAACCUUUUUCACAGAAUUGCAAUUAUUUUAAUUUGAUUUUAUUACAGUAAUGCAGAAAGGUGAAGGUACCUCGUGCUAUUAUCGUUUUUUAACAAAAGGUCAGCAGUGGAUUUGGCUUCAAACUAGAUUUUACAUUACAUAUCAUCAAUGGAACUCAAAACCUGAGUUUAUUGUUUGCACUCAUAGAGUUAUAAACUAUAUGAAUGCAUUGAGGCAAUCAAGAGGUGAUGGAGAUGCAUCUGUGGAUCACAAUGGUAGUCAAGAUGACAAUGAAACUCUACCUUUAGAUUCUGACCACAAACUUCAAACAGUGGCUGCCUCAUCGCCGUGGUCCUCCAAAUCAUCUGUUGGUAAAGCUUCUCGCUUGGCAUUGACAAAUGUAAGCUCACCUGCACCAUCAGGCUCAAUCGUUUCCACAGGUGCUAGAGGGAGAGGUCAAAUGUCUUUUCAUGGUACUGGACCGGACUCUGACUCUAAUUCUAUGUCAACUGACUCCGUCACUUCAAGACAGUCACAUCUUCGGACCAGCUCUCAUGGUCCCUCCACAAUGCGUGCUCAAAGCAAUCAGCGUUAUCAUUCGGUACCCCAGCCAAGUACAUCCUCUGGAAUUCAGCAAUCAGUAGAGCCACCCACUAAGUUGAUGUGCACACAAAUGCCUGCUGCACCAAAUGUUGCCAUUCAAGCAAUGCCUGGAAUACAAGCUGUUGCUAAUCUCCCAUCAGCAGAACCACCAGCACCACAUCCUCAGCAGUUUAUGGCUGCUAUUCCUGUACAGCCUGUUAUAGCUGGAGGAUUCACCGCUCCUACUGCAACAGUUUCUACAUCUGCUGAAGUAAAUUUGUUACCUCAGCCUGUAAUGAUGAGUCCAGCUCAGACCCAAUACCAAGAACAACUUCAAAGAAAACAUGAGGAACUUCAACAGAUGAUACUGCAACAACAGCAGGAACUUCGCCUUGUUUCUGAUCAAUUAUUAAUGGCUCGUUAUGGUAUUGUUCCUGCAUCUCUGCUCAAUGUGUCGCUCCCGUACACAGUGGCAAGCAAUGCUGUUGGCUCCACUGUAACACACCAAGCUUUAGCUCCUACUUCACUACCAAUUCCAGUACCUGCCUCAUCAGAACUCUUUGUUACUCCACAUCACCAUUCUCUUGUUCACUCUCCACUUGCUGUUGCUCCCCCUGUGGUUGUAGAUCCUCAGCAGAUGAACCUGCAAGCUGGAACAGAAGACAUGGUUCCAUUCCAACUAUCCCAACAACAGGCCCAGCUUUUACUCAACUUCAAUCCUAAUGCUUCUACUCAGCACCGCCAAUAAAUUUGAGAUUUUUCUAAUCAUCUAAGUAUAUCUAAAUAUUCAGUGUUACCAGUAGGAAAACUUUAAAGAAUAUCAAGUACUUAUUAGUUACAUUUGACAUUGGUCAUUGGUAUUGAAUUGAAUUUUUGUAUGUCCACUGAGAGUCAAUUUGCUUUAUGUACAAGCACCAACUCGUCAUAUUUUUUGGUUUUUAUUAUAAAAUAUCUUAAUCAGGGCAGAAAGAUAGAAUUUUCAAACUUUUUUCUUUACUUUGUUACCAGAGUGCCAACAUAACAAUGGAAGACUAUCUCUUGUUGAUGGAUUUCAAUUGCCAUUAGUUAUUUUAUUUUUAUUUUUUUGUGAUUGUUUAUUAUGUAUUAAGAUUGAUUCGAGUGUAUUAUUACCUGAUCUGUUAAUGGCUUUAGUAAGGUUCAUGUAUCAUUAACAUUAUUUAAGUUUAAUGUGAGUUGCUCAGGGUGUGAUAAGUCUGAGGGCAAAGCAUUUGUGUGAUGAGUCCUUCUAGUGGUUGUUCAUUGGAAAAUAUUUACACUCUUGCCAUUCUUUUAUUAAAGAAAGGUUUUAUGAAAUUGCUAUUACCCUUAGACCCCAUAAACUUUAUAAUCGCUAUCUUUUAUCUGUAUUCAUUACUUUAUUACAAGUGAGACAGCAUUGAUUUUAAUGAAUUAUUAUCCCUGGAUGGUGGUGUCUUUCAUCUUCGUCUAUCUCUAUCCUCUUCUUUUUUUUGCUCAAUUUUUAAUUAGAAAUUUUAAGAUUGUAAGCUGAUAAAUAUGGGAAACUAUUUAAAGGGUCAUUUGGUUGUAAACCCUCCUGACCCUCCUGUAUUACAGGCUAUGAACCCCGUUCAUAACUGCUGUCCUAUAGUUUUGUUUUCAGAUUAUCUGCUUAUCAGUUCAAGUAUCAUUAUUUUACAUUGCUUCAAAUGCUGUUUUCUGCUCCUAUGUGUGGUGUGUGCCAAAAUGCAUAAAUGUUAGUGUAACUUCUUUAAAAUGCAAGCUGUUUGUGUUUCGGAGAAAAUCUAUUUUUGAAAGUUACCUGAGUCAGAUUGUAUAUGUAAUAUAGUAAGUGAAUGGAAAUUGGGCUGUUUUUAUUAGAUGAAUUA